GACAAACAGCUUUACAUCAUGCUGCUCAUUAUGGACAGAUUGAUACAACAAAAUGGUUAAUAGAUCAGGGAUGCAGUCCUUGGGUGAAAACAAAACAGGGUAAGACUCCUUAUGAUAUGGUAACAAUGAAAAGCAAUGAUUCUGAAGAGAAAAAAAGGAAAAAGAAAGAAGUGAUGGACUUCCUAAAGACUGUCAUGUCAAAGACAUCCCCAGAAGUAACUCCUGACACCCAUUUACAGGAACCUGCAGCACCAGUAGUUGAAGAUUCCAUCGGUAAAGGGCAACAGUCUGCUAUGUUAAAUCGUUUAUUAGGGAAGGGCAGCUAUGAAUCAUUUGAUAUGAGAUGCAUGGUAACCGGCCAAUUUUCAGUAGGGAAAUCGACUCUUGUGAAGCUGUUAGCUGGGGAUGUCAUACCAGAUGGGCGACAUCCGACUGAUGGAAUUUCUUUGGUUGAAGGUCGCUGUGGCCUUGAUAUUGAGACAAAAAGUUGGAUUCUUAUUGAUCCAGAAGCUUAUAAUGCCCUGGAUGUUGUGUACAAUAAGGUGUUAAUGACCUCUCUGGAAGAGGAGGAAAGUGAAUUAACCAAAAAGUUCGACCAGGCUUCAGAUACAAGCCCAACUGGUUAUGUCAAAGCCACACUUUCCUCUUUGCCCUCCGAACAGUCGGCAGCAGCACAAUCUCUACCACCUCAAAAAUCCUCCAAUGUGCCUCUCAUGGUAAAACAGAUGAAAGAGAAAAUGAAAACCAGAAUGACCAAAGAAGAAAUAAGAAGGAAAAUGGAAAAAGUCCUCAAAAGUGGGAAGUAUAAGAUGAAAGUUGGACGUCUUAUCUUCUGGGAUUUUGGUGGACAAUAUGUUUAUUUAACAACACACCAGACCUUCAUGACGUUCCGAGCGUUAUUUCUUGUUGUCUUCGAUGGGAGCAAAGAUUUGCAUGAACAGGUCCCUGAUGUGAUGUGUUUUCCAGGGCAGCACAUGACACCAACUCCAGCAGUAUUCUUGCAAUAUUGGGUCAAUUCCAUCCUGACCUAUUGCAAGGUUGUAUAUCCAGGCAUUCCUAAGAUCUUGUUUGUUGCCACUCACAAGGACAAAGUACCAAAGGAGAAUGUUGAGACACGACGUGAAGAGCUUUACAGUGAAAUUGAGGAGUUGUUUAAAGACCAUGAGGGACAACAUCAUCUGGUCUUUAGGCCUCUAAUAUUUGUCAAUGCAAAAGAUCAAGCUGACCAAGAAAUAGAUGUUCUGAGGAAAACAAUUACAGAACUUACAUUCGACCACCCAUGUUGGGGUGAAAGAAUGCCCAAUGCUUGUGUACCACUAGAGCUCGAGAUCGCUGAAUUAGUGGCAGAAGGAAAACAAAUUAUGUCAUUGGCUGAAAUUAAAGAAUUAAAUGCCAUCAGCGAGGUGUCUGUCCUGUCUCCUGAGCAGCUAACAGUUUUUUUACAUUAUCAACACUCUCUCGGAAAGAUUGUUUAUUUUGACACCCCACAGCUGAGAGAUAACGUUAUCAUAAGUCCCCUUCUUAUGGUGGAAGUUAUGAGAUCUUUCAUUACUGAUGUUGAAUUUUGGCCAAAAGAAGAUAAAACAAGGAAAACCUUCAAAAAGAUGUCUGAAAAUGGAAUAAUACAAAAAGUAGAUCUCUACCAGAUUUGGGAGCAAGAAGAAUUCCGUCAGAUUUUACCAUUUAAAGAGUACAUAUUUGAUAUGCUGAUACACCUUGAUAUCGUAUCUGAACAGCGUAGAUAUGAUACAAAAACAGGAAGUCGGCUACUAGUUGAAAACUUCUUUGUACCAAGUAUGCUUACACAAAGAAAUGAUACAGAUUUCUUGUCACAAGAAUGUACACCAGAGAGGACUGUUAGUUUGGCUUUUGUUUUUAAAGGAACCAUUAUACCUCCAGCUUUACCGAAUCGUCUCAUAUGCGCAUGUCUCAGUAUGUGGACACUAAAAGAAUACCGUGGAAGGAAACUUAUGUUUUCUGGGUUUGUUGGGUUAUCAUUUGAUAAAGAGCAUGAUAUCGUUGUCUGUGUAGAAGGAAAUAAGAUCUUAUUGUACCUAGUCCACAAGCGCUCCAAGGGCCUGAUAGUACCUGAAAUAGCCACUAGUGUCAGAGAAUGUUUGCAUUUAACAUUGGAGAGGAUUUCAGAAUUUUAUCAGUCCACUGUCCAAGAAAAAUUCAGCGGCCAACUACCAUUUCACACUGAGUAUUCCUGCUCCAGAUUUAUCUGUUACUUUCCAGAAGAAAGGAUAGCUUUUAAAACUGAUGAGUGCAUUUGUAACCAUGGUGACAACAUUAAACUCAACUGGAAGGUUUGGAACCAGGAACAGAAACAAAAGCAGUGUGAUCUGGAUUGUACAGGUUUGAGUGAAGAUGCACUAUCUCACAUUCCAAGUAAUACAGAGUUGCUAAGUUUGUCUGUUAAUUGUGAGACACGCAUGAUACAUGAUUUAGCUCUUCAUCUUGAAAUGGAAGAGACAGAAUGGAGUGAUAUGGUAGAAAAUUACCCAAGAAAUACACAGAUGGUCAAGUUUUUAACACUUAUUGGUUUGAGAGAGAACAAUGGAAUACGUUUUGGAGAUUUGGCCAAAGGCUUAAGAGAAUUGAGGAUAACAACACAUACCUUAUGUAUGAUGAGGAGGAGAAAACAAGUGAUAUCUAAUAUUCCAGACGAUAUCUUAGAUUCAAUUCCAACGGAUGAAAUAUUAGAUAACAUAUCACCACAGAUUGGUAAAAUGGUCUUUCAAUUAGGAACAGAACUUGGAUUGUCCAUAGCAGAUUUAGAGAAUAUAGACAAAUAUAAUUGUGACUUGACUGCCCAGAGUAAGGAGGUUUUAUUUACUUGGAGGAGAGACAGAUUAGUACGACCUACAAUACGUGUCCUUGAACAAGCUUUGGUAAAUAGUAGAAAAGGUGCAAGGUGUUUAGAGGAGGUUGUAAAGAAUGUUGAUCCGAAAACACUGAGAGCUGUAGAAACUGUAACAGAUAGAAUCAGAGAUAAUGCAGACAGAAUCAUACAGAAUAUACAAACCAGCCAAAUUCUAGACCAUAUGAUGACACAUCUGGUGAUAUCAGCAGACGACAGACGUGAUAUUGAACAUUAUCCUCGACAAGAUGACCAGAACAAAGCAUUGCUGGAUAUUGUGAUUAAAAGGAGAGAACCUGCUUACAGUGUGUUUGUUGAUGGAUUACGUAAUUAUGGAUACGAAGAUAUUGCUAAUGAUUUGAAAUGUUAUUCAGAGAAAAUGGGCCCAAGUACAACAUCAUUAACUGCCGAGAAUAAAGGAUUAUUAGAUUGGACUGUUCCAUUGUAUAAAAUUCGUCUGCAGAAAAAUUAUUCAGAUAUCAUUACCAGUGUAAAGCAUGAUAUAAUAGUAGAUCAUUUGAUAUCAUGUGCAGUAUUGACAAUUGGUGAUUUUCAAAAGAUAAAUGCUUGUCCAUCAGAAGAGCAAAGGAAUAGGAAGUUAAUGGACUCACUUUUGCAUGGAAAUGAGAAGGGAUUUACUGAAUUUCUCUGCGCUCUACGAAAUGACUCAGUUUAUGCAGAUCUAGCAGAUAAAAUAGAGAACACAAACAUUACAAGCACAGAUAGAUCAAACAUUCAGAGUUGCUACAAUGUCAAUAAAAGGAAAUAUGAGCUGAAUGUACAGGAGACAGCAACCAAUCUGCCCAAAAAAACCAAAGAGAAUUAGAAGUGAACAAUUAUUGUUGUUCAUAUCUAAUUUUACUUAUAACAAACUUUGUUUAAAAUUACUUUUCGGGUUAAUAGUGUCAAUUAUAUUCGUGAUGUCCUAGUUUCAUCACCAAUGAUAUUUGUUUCAAAGUGACUUUGUCACCCUAUUCAUUUUUGUCGAGCCUUCGACUUUUGUCGAAAAAGCGAGACAUAGCUAUCCUACAUUCCGUCUGCGUUGUCGUCGGCGGUGGCAUCCACAAAUAUUCACUCUGUGGUUAAAGUUUUUGAAAUUUUAAUAACUUUCUUAAACUAUCCUGGAUUUCUACCAAACUUGGACAGAAGCUUGUUUAUGAUCAUAAGAAAGUAUCCAGAAGUAAAUUUAAAAAAAAAAAUCCUGUUUUUCCGUAUUUUACUUAUAAAUGGACUUAGUUUUUCUGCCAGGAAACAUUAUAUUCACUCUGUGGUUAAAGUUUUAAAAAUUUUAAUAACUUUCUUAAACUAUCCUGGAUUUGUACCAAACAUGGACAGAAGUUUGUUUAUGAUCAAAAGCUAGAAUCUAGAAGGAAAUUUUUAUUAAAAUUUUGUACUUGUUUAUCCAUAUUUUACUUAUAAAUGGACUUAGUUUUUCUUCCAGUUAACAUUACAUACAGUCUGCAGUUAAAUUUUUUAAAACAUUUAUUAGAUUCAUAAACUAUCCUGGAUUUUCACCAAACUUGGACAGAAGCUUCUUACAAUAAAAAAAAUUGUAUCGAGAGGAAUAUUUUUAUUAAAUUUUUUCCUCAUCUCAUUUUUGUUGAGCCUGCGAUUAACAGCAAAAGUAGGCGAGACAUUGGGUUCCACGGAACCCUUACAAAUUUUUCAAUAGCAUUGACACAAGUUUUAUAGCGACUUGAGUUUCACCAGUAUCACCCAGAUUACAAUUCUAUGUUGAAAUCUAAAUUUGAAUUUAGCCUAGAAAAUACCUAUUUUGCCUUAAGAAUUGAAAAGUCAGUUUAAUUCAAUAGAAGUUUACCUAUGAGGGUCUGGUUGAGAUAUAGUUUACAGAAAAAAGAAUAUUAGCAUUAAAAAAUAUUGAAUAGAGAAACUGAACAUAAGUUUUAAAGAUAUGAGAAUAACGCUGUUGAUCCAAUUUCAGGUUUUUUUUUUGUCUCGCCUGCGACGAAAGUCGCAGUAUGCGAGACAUUGGUAUUACUAUCCGGCGGCAGCGUAAACUAUUUGUAUAUAGCUUUAUAUUUCAGAAGGUAGAAGACCUGGAUGCUUCAUAUCUUGUAUGCAGAUACCUUGUGUUACGAAGUUUCCGUCAAUCAUAUGUCCAUUGUCCUUGACCUCAUUUUCAUGGUUCAGCGACUGCUUGAAAAAAAAUUGAGUUUGUUUGUUAUGUGAAUUUCUCACUUAUUAUGAGUAGUAGGAUAACUAUAUUUGGUAUAUGGGUUCCUUGCAACGUCUACAUGUCCGUCCGACAGAGUUCACCUGACCUCGACCUCAUUUAAUGGAUCAGUGAUCAAGGUUAAAGUUACGUGAUUAGGUCCGUUUCUCAAAUACUAUAAGCAGUAGGUCAACUAUAUUUUGUGUAUGGAAUUAUUGUUUUGGGCACAUGUCAGUCUGGCAGGUUUCAAAUUACCUUGACCUCAUUUUCAUGGUUCAUUGGUCAAUGUUAAGUUUUAGUGUUUUGGUCUGUUUUUCAAGUACUAUAAGCAAUAGGUCAACUAUAUUUGGUGUAUGGAAAGAUUGUGAGGUGUACAUGUCUGUCUGGCAGGUAUCA